AUGUCCUUCUGCUUCCGGGACCUCCCGGUCCCUAAGCCAACAGUUAGUGGCCUCGCCGGGCUUUUGGGCCCUUUUGAUCUUCGUGGCUGGGUGCCUUGCUGGCGCCGGAUAUUUGAUUUGAUUUGGGGGAGGCCAGCCUCCAAGGACAAGGAUCCUGAGGAUGCCCCCCCCGAAGAUAUUACUGUGGGCGAGCAGUCCGAGGGAACCCGCGAGGAGGUCCCCGCAGGGGAUCAUGCCGAAGUCCGUCCACCUGCUGUGACCCCCGAGAGCCCAAAGACCCCCGCCCCCCCCCCAAAAGACCUCCGCGCCCUCUAUCACACUGAAGAAGAAGGCACCGAAGAAGAAGAUGGACCCCGUAAAGUUGUCCAACCUGAGUACCUUCGUACGCAACACCUCCCACGGGGCAAAAGAGGCCGUGGUAGACCAGUCGCCAGCUGGGCUAGUUAG